UAUGAUGGAACUUACAUCUUUGCCGAAAUUCCUUUGGACAAGUGACAACAAACUUCUGCAUCACCAUUUUCCGGACGUAUUGGCUACUGUCCAUACCACACAAGACAUUCCUGAAGAAGUUGUUUUUGGACCAUGCGUGCUCCAGAACACCCUGCUGGACACUGUAGCUUUUAUUGCUCUCAAGUGUUCUGAUAGACGGAACAUCCACUAUGUAUUUAAGGUAGAUGUUACAUCUGUGCAUAGUCCCACAGGACUGCCUUGGAUGAGACUUGUACAAGCAGCUGCCAAUAGCAAGGAGCAGAACUUGGAAGCUUACUUAGAAAACAGUCAGCUGUAUUAUCGCUCUACCAGGAAAAUCAAGAAAAAUGAGGAGCUACUUGUCUGGUAUGAUGAGGAGCUUUCCAGCCUCUUGAGUUUCAAUGAGAUAAAAGCUCAGAGUCCCCAGAACGAGUUGAGAUGCCAAGAAUGCGACCGAGUCUUUAAAUAUGAGCAUUCCUAUCUCUCCCAUGUCCGCUUCCUAUGUGUCCCAGAGAAGAGUGCCCUGCUAUGGAGAAACUUCCAGAACCCUGAGACUGAAAAGAGCAACUUAUCUGAGCAGACCACGAAUUUCCACAGCCUGGCAAGGGAUCUAGAGGUCAAAAUGGCAGCUUGCAAAGAUGAUGCCCAGGGUCUCACAGGAGAAAGGAGAGCAAAAUCUGAAGAGCCUGAGAACAGCAGGAGCAGGAAAACAGUGCUGUUGGAGAAAACCAAUAAUUUGAGUAAGGAAUAUAACUGUGGGGGCAAGGAAGAGGUUGGGGUAGAGUAUGCAUCAGCUGCUUCUUUCUGGAAGCUUAGUUCAGGGAGGCAGUCAGCUAGGAAGGAUGCUUUAGAGCAGAAGCAGAGCGCUUUCACUGAGGUCAAGAGGAUGAAGGAGAAACUGAGGAACGAGAGACCAAAGGAGCCAGAACAGGAGGAUGGCACGGUACCACUUGGUAAAGAGCAGGUGUCAAAGGAAGUGUUGCUGAACUCCUCCGGUAGUGCAUUCUCCUUUGUGUGGCCCACCAGACCCCGAGGAGAACAGAAGAGUGCUUUCAGCAAACCCAGUAGGUGUCUAACAGAAAGAGCUGCAAUUAAUUCUUCUCAUCCCAUGAGUGAGUCACCAAAGAGCCUGGGGGAGCUGUCUGGCUUCAUUGCCACCACAGACAUCGUGUGCUGCAGCACUCUUCUCAAUUCCAAGUUCUUUGUCAGUGAUUUGUGUAAUGCUCAGAUGCUGCAGACAAGCAUCACUCGGAGCAAUGUUUUCCCAUAUACCUCAGAACCAUGGCCCAAACAAGCAGGAGGACAGUUACAGAACACAACCACCACUUCUUCUUCCCCCUCCUCCUCUUCCUUGACUCUUCUUCCCCCCACCUUCACGUCCUUUGGAGUGGCUGCCCAGAACUGGUGUGCCAAAUGCAACCUGUCCUUUCGUAUGACAUCUGAUUUAGUCUUCCACAUGCGGUCACAUCACAAAAAAGAAUAUUCCUCAGCUGAAUCCCAAUGCAAGAGGAGACGAGAGGAGAAGCUAACGUGUCCCAUUUGUCAUGAGUACUUCCGAGAACGCCAUCAUUUAUCCCGGCACAUGACUUCUCAUAAUUAGAGCUGUGCAGACAGAUCUCACCAAGGGACUGGGCAGGUUGGGUAAAGAAGAGGAACAUAGUUCACUUGUAUCUAUUUCUUUUUAAGUUUACAUUAAUUUCUUACAGGAAAUCACUGUUUACAAUAAUUUAUAAUAGAUGCUUUGCAAAAAAAUAUAAAAUGUUUACAAGAGUCUGAGUGGGUUGUAAGUUUUGAAAACUCAACCUCGCCCUUGUCAAUCUAUUUUUGAGGAAAUAAAACAGUGA